UUUUCUUUCAGUAACAGAUCCACUUUAGUAGAUUAUGAUUAGCUAUAAUAUGGCCAAAUUACUGAUAUUUUCUAUUUUUUUUAUAAUACGAACAGUAUUAUCUGAAGACUUACCAACAAAUUACGAACAUUUCAUUGGAGAUGAAAUUAAAUCUGGAUUAAGUGCUGACCAAUCAUAUUUCAUUCUCAAUGGAAAAAAUAUUACAAUAUUUAGUGGCGCUUUCCACUAUUUCAGGGUGCACCCAAACUAUUGGAGAGAUCGUUUGAGGAAAAUGAGAGCCGCUGGACUUAAUACUGUCGAGACUUAUGUUCCAUGGAAUUUGCAUGAACCAGAAAAUGGUGUUUUCGAUUUUGGUAGCGGAGGCUCAGACUUUGAACAAUUCCUAGAUGUUGAGAGAUUUAUUAAAACUGCCCAAGAAGAGGAUCUUUUUGUACUUUUAAGACCUGGGCCGUACAUAUGUGCAGAAUGGGAGUUCGGAGGUCUACCAGCCUGGUUACUAGACAAUGCCAACAUUAAACUCCGUCAAAGUGACCCAAUUUACCUCAAAUUCGUCUUCAGAUAUUUCAAAGAGCUAUUCUCCAUCAUAGCUCCUCUACAGUUUACAAAUGGUGGACCAAUUAUAGCUAUGCAAGUUGAAAAUGAAUACGGCAACACUUGGAAUCACGAUCCUGAUUAUCUGCGUACUUUAGCACAAGUUUUCAGAAGUAAUGGUAUUACAACGCCAUUAUACACAUCUGAUCCAAUGUUGAGUGUUGGCGACCAAGGCGCACUUCCUGGUGAAUUGUUGAUCACUGCUAAUUUCAAUAUGAAUGUUACUGAGAAUUUGGAUAAAUUACAUAGUUUUCAAGUUGAUAAGCCUACAAUGGCCAUGGAGUUUUGGUCAGGUUGGUUUGAUCACAUUACCGAAAACCAUACUGCCAACCUAGUACCAAUACAAAGAUACGAAACUUACUACGAAGAAAUUCUUGCUUACCCAUCAUCUGUAAAUAUUUACAUGUUCGUUGGAGGUACCAAUUGGGGAUUUAUGAAUGGAGCUGGCGAUGUUACUUAUGAAAUGAACAAUUCUGGAUUGCAACCAAGUGUAACAAGCUAUGACUAUGAUGGACCUAUUACUGAACAAGGGCAAAUAUCAGAAAAGUUUAAUGCAACGAAGAAACUUCUUGCUAAAUAUAAUACUGUCAAGACUAAGUUACCUGAAAUUUCUGAAACACCUGCAGCUGUUACGUUUGAUGAUAUAAAAAUUGAGCAGCAAAUUUUACUCAAAGAUAUUAUUGACUCCCACCCGAAUAAAAUAAAGAGUAACAAUGUUAUUCCAAUGGAAGCUAUUGGUCAAAAUUUUGGUUACAUCGUGUAUAGAAAAACCAACCUCAACUUAAACGCCCAUGCUAUCCUAAAAAUAACUGGAUACGUAAGAGACCACGUCCUAGUAUUGGUAGAUGGAAAAUUAAUGAAUCCAGCUUUGACCAGUGUAGAUGAUCUUAACAAAUUUGGCUAUUGGAGACUAGUUGAUUCUGCUAUAACACUCCCUAACCAGGCACUUACCAACGUAACUUUGGAUUUAAUUGUUGAGAAUAAUAGUAGGACUAAUUUUGGGAUUUUAAAUCAGUUUAACCAACUGAAAGGUCUUACUGAAGAUGUCUAUAUUGAUGAUAACAUUAUUCAAAAUUGGGAACUUAUUCCUCUUGAUUUUAAAAAAUCUUGGAAUAAUGCUCUUACUGGUUGGCACGAGGUUAAAAAUAGAGAAUUGACUCCUGCGCUGUAUAAGGUUACUUUCACUGUUUCUGAACUUCGAGACACUUAUAUCAACGUCCAAGAAUGGCAAAAGGGCAUUGUGAUCAUCAAUAAUUUUGUCUUAGGAAGAAUUUUCGCCGUUGGUCCACAACAAACUCUAUAUUUACCUGCGGGACUUCUCAAGGAAGGAGAAAAUGAAAUUAUUAUUUUUGAGCAUUUCAGUGCUCCUGAAUAUGUUAAGUUUUCUGAUAAGCAUAUUUGGGGAUAUGGAUCAUCUAUCAAAGAAUUGUAGUAAAAUAGAUUGAGCAAUUUUACAUCAUACCUAGUCAUUGGAAUAAAUAGUAAAAAGUAAAGUCUCAAUUUUACUACUUACAAUAAUUU